UCCUCACGGCAAUGAAGGAAGAUUUGCUGUCUGCGACAUGUCUUCUGCUUUUGUGUUUGCACAACGUUUGCGCAGUGGAUUGCAUUUGGGGUAGUUGGAGUUCAUGUAGUGUUGAAUGUGGAAAUGGCACCAGAACUCGGAAGAUUAGUCAAGCAGCUACAAUGAGUGGUCAGAUGUGUACAGGACCAUCAACUGAGAUCUGCAUAGUCACAUCUUGUAUGAUUACUGUUAUGGUGGAAGUCACACUUGUUGCUUUAUGUGCAAUGUUUAUGUGAUGUAGGUAUGGCUACCAA